AUGAGCCACGACAGGAGAGAGCCCAAGAGGGCGCGACAAGCCUGUUUGAAUUGCAGGCGCAAAAAGGCGCGUUGCUCAGGGGAGAAGCCGAUUUGCGCCUUCUGUGCUCGUCUCAACCAGCCAUGCGAAUGGGAUAGUCCGUCGUCGGCAGAACUCCCUUCCAAACCUUCGUCGUCUCUCCGAAGAGCCUCCAGCUCUGCGCAGGACAGCGGACUGGCAGCAAGAGUGGCAUUGCUCGAGGCCAAACUCAGCCUGUUGAACGACGAACCGACGGGGGCUGUGUCGGGAAUCACAUCAGCUUCCACGGGCACGCCAACCUCACAUCAGACGACUCGGGGCAGAAGAAAGCGCGACAUCUCCCUCGAGAUUGAUCCCUUCAACAGCUCUGCGCCGACUUCGAAUGACUUCUCAUCGUUGCCGGAUAGGGAGAUAUUCAGACACCUGAUCGAUGUGUAUUUUGAACAUAACCAUAACCAGCCCUACACUUACUUCCACGAGACAUCCUUCAGACGCAGCUUUGAAGACGAUGUCCUCCCCGAAUACCUCAUGCUUGCAUUUGCGGCGACAGCCUGUCGCUUUUCCAACCAUGAAUUUUACGAAGAUCGCCGAGUGGAGGCAAUGACAACCUAUGCGAAUUCAGCUUGGCACCGCAUCUACGAAGACUCAUUUUCCUACGAAACACAGCUGGAGUUCUCGAUGGUGCAAGCUACGGGCAUGCUGGCAGCAAUCGACUUCACAUGUAAGAGGAGACACAACCCACGACCGAGCAUGAGCUGAUGACAUGCCAGCUGGCCAUUACAAACUUGGAUGGGUGAAAUUUUCUCUGACGAUCCGUUUCGCGCAAGGUCUACGAUUGAAUGAGGAGAUGGGCGACGACUUGCCCAUCUACGAACAAGAAGAGCGCCGCCGAACAUUCUGGUCUGUGUAUCUUCUUGAUGCCCUGAUCAGCCUCGGCCCGAAUCGCCCAAGAUCUCUUCUCGACGCGGACUGCAGCGUUCGUCUGCCGUGUCAUGAAGACCUGUUCCGGAAUGGAUUGAUCAGUGAUGUGGAGCCCACAUUGGAGGCUGUCAUUGAUGAUCCCACGGCUCCCAAUCACCAGAAUCUCGACGUAAGAAAGAAUCGAGACAACUUGAAUAGAGUUGAUCAGACAGGCUGACAGCCAGCAGUACUUUGCAAUGACCGUCACGAUGGCUUCCGCUCUCGGACGAUUCAUUCGGAUGGCGAUGAAGCGUACGCCGAAGAGCCACGUCGUGCCAUGGGACCCGCGGUCGCCGUACUACGAAGUCCACAGCAUCCUGCUCCACUUCGAGUCGCUGUCGCCCUGCGCGGUAUCAACGGUCACCGAAACGCUGCAGUAUCAGUUUACCUUCGACGGCGCCGUGGACAAGCAGCGGGCUGGUCACUUUCUCUACUCGCAUGCCAUGUUCCACCUGAUCCAUUGUCUCCUCAACCAUCCGUUCAUCCUCCAUCACAUCCUCCAGCCUUGCAUGGCGCCCGUCCCUCUGAGUUGGGUGCAAGAGGCCUUGACCCGAUGUCACAAGCAUGCCACGGAGCUGCUAGCGCUGUUACACGAUGCACAGCAGUACGGCCGCUUGGUGCAGUCCAGCUUCUACGGAUACUGUGCCUUGGCAGCCGGGGUCAUCCAUCGACUCUACGAGAGCCACGAAGACCCCGCAACGGCAGCAGCGUCUCGCGACCGAUCCUGGGCGGCUCUGGCAUUCCUGGACGCGAAACCGGUGCGAUGGCCGAGCUUCGCCAACAUGGCCCUCUCCCUCCGCUCCUUCAAGCCCGACAUGGACACGGCCAAGGCCUUGACAAACGCCAUGGCGCUCGCGCAGAAAGCGACCAUCAAGGACGGAAAUGUCCUCUGGACGCUGUUAGACUACGCCAGGAUUCCCGAACUGAACCCCGUGGCGUCACCGACCAUGAUUCCGGCGACGUCAACACCGUCUGCGGGACCCAGCCGAGAGCCUCAGGAUCGGUGGGGGAGCCAGACGCCUGGUUGGGCCAGCGCUGCGAACCCCGGUCAGACGCCCUUCGAGCAAGCUGACCCGGCGUACGUACGAGAUGUGUACACGGAACCACAAGGUACGGUGGGGACGGCUGGCAUGUGGUCUCCCUUCCUCCGGAACGAGCCUGCGGCCGGUUAUGCGGAUGCUCAGGUGGAAGAGCAGAUGGAGCGGCAGAUUUGA